AUGCUUGAAGAAAACCGAAGAGAGGAGAGAACCGAAAUCGCAGGUGGAGACAAGGCCAUCAGGAGAGAUUAUUUGAUCAAAAUCGGAUUCCUCUCUAAUUUUGAAAGGGAACUUUUCCGACGGUUGAGGAAUAAGUGGCGAAAGCAGCAUCAGCGAACUGAGUGCCGUCGUGAGUCGUCACUAUCGCGCGGAGAUCUAAGAUUUUCUGGUGACGACAACGAUGAAGCUCCAACGAUGGAUAAAUGGAGCGAAAAACAGAUGGUGUUUAAAUGCUUUGACGAAAAAGGCGAUGGUAAAAUCUCAAAAGAAGAGCUAAGGAGGCGCAUGAGGGUUGUAGGUGGCGAAAUGUCAAAUGAGGAGAUGGAAAUGGUGGUGAGUCAUCAGAAGCUGACGUCGAUGGAAUGUUAG